UUCUACAUAUAUAGACAUUUCCUUUCCUGUCCCAAAAAAAUGAAUCGAACCGUAUCAAACCAAUUUUCAAGUAAUUGAAACAAUGUAACAACUCUUUAAUUGAGGGAGCAAAGUAAGACCAGGGUCAUAGUUGAGAGGAUCAAAGUGCAAUUUGCUCUAUCCUCUCUGACAAACAAGAAUGUCUGUGCACUUACACUUUGUGUUCAACUAUAUUUUGAAGCUUUUUGGGAAUACAGUUAGUGCGGGACUCGCAACUGUGUGCAUUUUCACCUUCUAUAUAUUGAAUAUUUCAAGGCCAUCUAGUUCUAACUCUCCGUAUAACCACUUCCCCUUCUUGUAGAUUGGGCAGCAAUGGCAUCUAAAAGUCGUUCAAGCUACCAACUGUCUGUGUUUCCAGUCACUGUGUUUGCACAUCUGAUAGUCAUAGCGGUGACAAUUCUUGUUUUUGUUUGGCUCUUGCACUUCCGGGAAGGCCUCGCUUUCAAAUCCCAUAUCAAACCAAAGAUUUUCAAUGUGCACCCUUUUCUAAUGGUGGUUGGAUUUGUUUUAGUUGUUGGGGAAGCUAUCAUGGCAUACAAGACUGUCCCAGCAAAAAAAGAGGUGCAGAAAGUAUUUCAUGCAACAUUGCAUUUUAUUGCACUCAUUUGUGGAAUUCUGGGGAUUUAUGCUGUUUUCAAGUUUCACCAUGAGGUUGGAAUUCAAGAUAUGUACACCUUGCAUUCUUGGCUGGGCAUGUCUACCAUCUGCCUAUUUGGUUUGCAGUUUCUCUUGGCCACCUUCUCCUUCUUGUACCCUGGUACAGAGUCCUCAAGAAAGACUAAGCUCGCUCCAUGGCACGUGUUGUUUGGUAUCAUCAUCUUCUUCAUGGCAAUUCUGACUGCUGAGACAGGCUUGGUUGAGAAAUUCAUUUUCAUAAGCCAAAAACGCAGUCAAGAAGCACUCAUAAUGAACUUCACCGGACUGUUAAUUCUCCUGUUCGGAAUAUCUGUUGGGCUCACCGUUCUCCUGCCGUGAGAUUCUUAGUAAAGAUUGUGAGACCUUGUAUAAUGUUCAUGGUGUGUAACUUUGACUUGGUUAUUUGAUUUGUAAAGUUCGAUAUUUAUUCACUUUGUACCUCUAUAUUCAUGACUUGUUUGAUAAAUAAUAUAUGAAGCUGCAUAACCAAAGAAAAAAAGGGAAAAGUUUGUAU